UUGAGAAAAUGAGGAAAAUAGUGAUUUCCUGAUACAAAAUAUUGUUUUUAAAGGUUUUUACAUCAUGUCGUCUCAGACAGUGCUUUCAGCCUGUCUUUCAACAUUAAUGAAAGAUGUCUCAGAAGCACUGAAAUUCGACAGGCAAGAAAGAAACGAAGAUGCAUACAAGAAGUAUCUGGAAUGUGUGCUUAGAGUAUCUACUGGUCUUCUCAAAACUCUCUAUACAGACGAGGGUCAUGUGUUUGUGACAAAGGACAUUGAGAAAAUGGUGAAACUAGGUCAGCAGUGUAUGGACAGAGUGGCCAGUAUAGUGAAUCAGCGUUUAGAAAAAGCACCAAAGUCCAGUAUCCAAACACCUACAAAUUUACCCCUGAAUUCUGGUCCUGGGCCUCUGUGGUCACGGUCACAGUCAACACCAACAACACCAGUGACAAGAGAAACAACACCAGUAACACCCAACAGGCCACCUAGUGUAACAGAUGCAACUUUAACUUCUACAUUAGAUAGUAUGUCCAGUAGUACCACAAGGAAACUUGGACCUAUGGAGAUUGCAGCACGGCAGAAUCAGCAUCUACUGAUUGCACUGAGGAAAAGACAGGCCAUGGCCAAGAACAAGUCUGCUAGUGCUAAUCUGAGUCUGACACUACAGAGGAAGAUGGUAGAAAAUUUAGCCAUAGCCAGAGCCCAGGAAGAAGCUUUAGCCAAGAAAAUGAAAGAGAGACAGCAACGCUUGGAAGAACAAGCAGCAAGGCGUUUUCACACUCCUGUAGGACUGUCUGAAGAAGAGCAACAACAGAGGCAGGUUUACAAGAAAGUACUAGAGUUUGAACAGGAAAAUUUAUGGAUGAUGGAAUUACGAAAAAAGUUUGAAGAGUCUCCUGCAGACAUUUAUGUUAUAAGUGAGCUAAUUACGGCAGUGUUAAGUUGUGAUGCUCAUCCGCUAACUGUUGAGUUACAAGUAUACCAAAGAACCAUGCUAGACAAACUUAUACAUCUAGUCAAAGAAAAGUUAAAUAAAGUGGAAAAGAUUAAAGUGCCCUUACCAAGAUCUGUUUAUGAGGAUUCGAAUUUAAAAGACUUCAAGGUGUCAUUCCAAAAAGUAAAACCAGGCACAAAACUUGCUCGGUCUGAAUCCAGUUUAGACACUGUGCAAGAAACUGAUUCCACUUAUGGUUCUUUGAGUAAGUCACAAGAUGUGUCUAAUGUUGAUAGUGAUAUACGUAUUGUAGAAGACCAAGAUGUUAGAAAUUUGGAUGAGGUAAACUCUGAAGACAAUGAACCUAUGGCUGACCUUGAUACUAAAGAUAAUGAUAUAGAAGAUUUCAGUGUUGACACUGAUAGUGUCAAAUACUCAAAUGCCAAAGAUUUAGCAGACGUUUCCGCAGAGAUUAAAAGAGAUAUUGAAAAAGCAGUAAUAGAUGGGAGUAAGUUAAAAACAAAAUUGGAGGAAGAAAACCAGAGAUUAAAAUCAUUCUCUAGACAAGCAACUGAAGAGUAUGAAAAAUACAACCAAGAAAAUAUGGAUGAUCUUUUUGAUGAUGACAGUGACAUGGAAGACAAAGAUGCUGAUAAUAAUAAUAGUGAUAGUGAUGACAAUAAAACAGUGCAAGAUGAUAGUGUUACCUGUGAAAAAGAGAAUGAAUCUGAUGAAACCAGUGAUUUAAUGGCUGAUAAACUUGAAGCCAAAACAAGAGAAGCGAGUCAACCAAAAGUAUUGCGAAAGAAUCCUAGCUUUGAAAAUCUGUAUAGUAAAAUUGCUCAGCUUAAAAAUGAAGCAUAUCAUAGACAUUUGAAAGGCAUGACCGAGGAUAUAUUAACUAGCAUAGAGAGGCUGCAAGUGUUGUUUGUCAUAGUAUUUGAGCAGUUGGAUAGUGCAGAGGGUCGGGACCAGUGCAAUGUUUUACUUGAAAGAUACUUCUUUAAACCAAUAUGGAAAUACCUGCUUGUUCUUUUCAGACUCGCAAAUGAACCCAAAGAGAUUGCCUUAGCUUUCAUCAUGACAGAGAACCAGUCAUGUACACCUGAGACAUUUGCAGUGAGGGAGAAGCUGUGUCUUGGUGAUUAUCCAUACCAGUCAGCUGUCACAGAACUGGAAGGGGUCAUUCAGUGCCACACAAUGUUGGAGAAAUUAGAUUGUCUAGUGAGAGCUUCAAAGGAAGUGAUGCACUGUGUAGAACAGUAUUACAAGCAGAGAGAUACAGAGGCACCUAGUCUGGGAGCAGAUGAUUUACUGCCUAUUCUGUGUUAUGUUGUUGUUAGAAGUGGAUUACCACAGCUUGUGUCUGAGUGCCAAGCAAUGGAGAAACUUAUACAUGAAGGGUACAUGUUUGGCGAGGAAGGUUAUUGUUUAACGUCUUUUCAGACGGCCAUCAAUUAUCUCAUAUCUGAAGGUGUAGGUAACCAGGAAACGUGAUAGUUUAAUGUUUUUACAGACAGCCACCAGUUAUCUCAUAUCUGAAGGUAUAAGUAAGCAGAAAACGUUAUAGUUUAACAGGAAAUAUUUUGUGUCCAAUGACCUCAAUUUCUUGAGGUUUAAAACAUUUUUGUGUUGCUGUGCCAUUGUACAACAGAUGUGAAACUAUUUCAAAUUAUGUUACGAUUCUGUACAGAUGUUGAACUGUUCUCUAAGCAUAUAAAACCAUUGUUUUAGAGAUUAUGCAGAACUUGCAAUGUUAUUGUAUCACAGAUAGUGAACAAUUCUUUUAGUAUCAAGUAUAUUAAACCAGUCUUCUAGAGAUAUUACAGUCCCACUACACUAAGUCUUGAUUAACCAGCCUUGAAGUAUGUUAUAUAAAAGCACUACUAGACGUUAAACAUAGAUGUUUAAACAAUAUUUUAAUAUAAAAAAAAACAGUCUACUGUAGAUUCUGCAAAAAUGGCUUAGCCAUACUACUGCAGCAGCUUUUAAGUAUAUCAACCCAUUCUACUGCAGAUCCCACAAGUAUUGCACUAUAUUCUAUGGUAGAUGUUAAACCAUAUCUUAAAGUAUAAAAAAACCAGUGUAUUGAAAAUUCUGCAAAAAUGGCCUUGCUAUAUUCAUUCAAACAUUGAAACUGUCUUAAUUUGUAAGUACUGUCUAAAAAAAGGUGUGACAGAUCUUGAACAAGGAACAGAAAACCAGUCUGGUAUUUGGGAACAAGAUCAGAUAUAGUACCCUUUGUGUUUGACCAUAACUGUUCAAAUUUACCUCUAUUUAGCAAUUACCAGCCAAAUAGUGCUAGUUCAUUAGAAAACUUUAGAGUUUGUGAAUAUGAGCCGUGCCAUGAGAAAACCAACAUAGUGGGUUUGCGACCAGCAUCCGCGCAGUCUGGUCAGGCUCCAUGCUGUUCGCUUUUAAAGCCUAUUGGAAUUGGAGAAACUGUUAGCGAACAGCAUGGAGCCUGACCAGACUGCGCGGAUGCGCAGGCUGGUCUGGAUCCAUGCUGGUCGCAUACCCACUAUGUUGGUUUUCCCAUGGCACGGCUCAUAUAUAUUGUACUUGAAUUUGUUUUGCAUACUUUAGUUUUUAUGGAAGCUUUUUUGGCAUUUUUUUGUGAGAGCAUCUGGAUUUAUGUUUUUGUUCAACAUUUUUACUUAUGCAGUUUACAAGGCUGUUGAAUAUUUGAGCUUUGCUUUCCUCCGACAGCUCUUGUUGGUAAAGUUUUUGUAUGUAAGCUGGUAUCUCAGUACCCAUGAAUUGAAACUUCACACACUUGAUCAAUGCAAUGAACUCAUUUGCUUUGCACAGAUUCCAUAACUCUGCUUUGUUUCUUUACAAAAUUACGCCCCUUUUUAGCUCACCUGUGACCUCUCUAGAGGCCAUAAUUUUCAAUGGAUCUUCAUGAAAAUUGGUCAGAAUGUUCACCUUUAUGAUAUCUAGGCUAAGUUUGAAACUUGGUCACGUGCCUUCAAAAACUAGGUCAGUAGGUCAAAUAAUAGAAAAACCUUGUGACCUCUCUAAAGGCCAUAUUUUUCAUGGGAUCUGUAUGAAAGUUGAUCUGAAUGUUCAUCUUGAUGAUAUCUAGGUCAAGUUCGAAACUGGGUCACGUGCGGUCAAAAACUAGGUCAGUAGGUCUAAAAAUAGAAAAACCUAGUGCUUUCUAGAGGCCAUAUAUUUCACAAAAUCUUCCUGAAAAUUGGUCAGAACAUUCAUCUUGAUGAUAUCUAGGUCAAGUUCGAAACUGGGUCACGUGCUUUCAAAAACUAGGUCAGUAGGUCUUGAAAUAGAAAAACCUUGUGACCUCUCUAGAGGCCAUAUAUUUCAUGAAAUCUUCAUGAAAAUUGGUCAGAAUGUUCACCUUGAUGAUAUCUAAGUCAAGUUCGAAAGUGGGUCACGUGCCUUUAAAAACUAGGUCAGUAGGUCAAAUAAUAGAAAAACCUUGUGACCUCUCUAGAAGCCAUAUUUUCCAUGGGAUCUAUAUGAAAAUUGGUCUGAAUGUUCAUCUUGAUGAUAUCUAGGUCAGGUUCGAAAGUGGGUCACAUGCGGUCAAAAACUAGGUCAGUAGGUCAAAUAAUAGAAAAACCUUGUGACCUCUCUAAAGGCCAUAUUUUUCAAUGGAUCUUCAUGAAAGUUGGUCUGAAUGUUCAUCUUGAUGAUAUCUAGGUCAAGUUCGAAACAGGGUCAUGUGCGGUCAAAAACUAGGUCAGUAGGUCUAAAAAUAGAAAAACCUUGUGACCUCUCUAGAGGCCAUACUUAUGAAUGGAUCUCCAUAAAAAUUGGUCAGAAUGUUCAUCUUGAUGAUAUCUAGGUCAAGUUUGAAAGUGGGUCACGUGCCUUCAAAAAAUAGGUCAGUAGGUCAAAUAAUAAAAAAACGUUGUGACCUCUCCAGAGGCUAUAUUUUUGAUGGGAUCUGUAUGAAAGUUGGUCUGAAUGUUUAUCUUGAUGAUAUCUAGGUCAAGUUUGAAACUGGGUCAACUGCGAUCAAAAACUAGGUCAGUAGGUCUUGAAAUAGAAAAACCUUGUGACCUCUCUAGAGGCCAUACCCUUGAAUGGAUCUUCAUGAAAAUUGGUCAGAAUGUUCACCUUGAUGAUAUCUAGGUCAAGUAUAAAACUGGGUCACGUGCCUUAAAAAACUAGGUCAAUAGGUCAAAUAAUAGAAAAACCUUGUGACCUCUCUAGAGACCAUAUUUUUCAAUGGAUCUUCAUGAAAAUUGGUCAGAAUUUUUAUCUUGAUAAUAUCUAGGUAAAGUUCAAAACUGGGUCACAUGAGCUCAAAAACUAGGUCACUAUGUCAAAUAAUAGAAAAAACGACGUCAUACUCAAAACUGGAUCAUGUGGGAAGAGGUGAGCGAUUCAGGAUCACCAUGGUCCUCUUGUUUGAUGUAGCAAUUUUUGGUUAAGCUGGUAUUUCCAUUACCGGGGUAGUUUUCACUUCCUUGGAAGACAUGAUAUUGCUAGGAACUUCCUUCAUCUCUGGAAGAUGAAUUUCAAUUUUGCCCGACAGACAGAGAGCAAGACCGCAAGAGCUUUCAGACAUUUUUGUUGUGUAUACUUAAAACUCCAAAUUUCUUCUCAAAGGUUGAUAUAGUCUUGAGGGCAGUUGAAAAUGCACUGAAUAAAUUUUUGUUGAGCCUGCAAUAUAAUAGAAUAUUAAAUACAAAUGUAAAAAUAUUGAAUACUGUGAAAUCAGUUAAUUGUAUGGGGACAAACUUCCUUGGUUUUGGCCAAAACAGCUUUUUCAUGGGAUAUGUAUUUGUGGAUUUCAACAUUUCCAUAUGAAAUAAAUAGGACAUUAAGUUGUUUGUUGGGAUAAAAUUUUGUGGAUUGGCUAAAUUGGGAAAUCCACAAAAAUUGGAAACCCCACAGUGUAAAUGACAUAUAUUACAUGCUCCUCUUGGUGAAAAAGUGAUUAUGAGGAUAAGGAAAACAUGCUGUCAAUUUGGUGCAAGUUAAGACCCAUCCACACAAGAUUGCUUAAAACCUUCCUGACAUUCAUGCAUGCCUCUACCAUAACACUUGAAGAUUCUUGUUUCUUGCCUAAAACAACCUCUUCCUCUCCACUUUCUUUUGGACCAGCCCUAUGGGAGUGACCUGAAGGCCAAGAAAAGGAUGGUCCAAGAAAGGACCUUUGAUGCGAUUGGCAGACAAUUAUGUCUGUAGUUUUUGUUGAACUACUAAUUUAAAAGGAAACUCCUAGCAGUAUUUGAGAUUCGAGUAUGAAGUAGGCAGCCGAGGACCUGAGCAACCUAAAUGAAAACCGUUUCUGAAGCCCUGGAUUAAGUAGUCAGAACCAUGAUAACUCGAUAGGUAUUUUAAUAAAACCUCCACCUUUAGUGGCGUAGUUGGUUUUGACCCAAGGAAACAACUUUUUUGGGGUACAGGGGAUACUGGGUGUGGGUAAGGGGCUUUUGGUUGUUUGUGUUAUGAACAUGCUGGCCUGUUCUUUGCAUGUGAACAAACAGAGCCCUGCAUGGUGUGAUCCACUGCAGAAUCCAUAGACAUGUGGCCUUGUGCAUCUCGAAUCUAUGCAUAAACCUCGUUUAUUGUAUGUCCAGCAGGUAUUGUCAAGGAAUCUGGAAGGCCUGUAAAAUGAAUUCUGGGCAGGACGCAAGGAUCUGCUUGGCCCUGAAUAAAGGACCGAUUACCUGAAUGUAUAUUGUUGUGAAUGUUGGGUGGUUGCCAUGACUCAGAAUUCUGUGUGAAGCAGGUCCCACUGCAUAAUCUGGUGUUCCCUGAACAUCCUAAAAUGAGUGUCAUAAAAUGACCACUCCAGUCAAGGACAUCUUCAGGCAAGGUCUCUAUUUCCCCAUAUUUCAUAUAGCUGGGGUGUUUCAGUGGGAUAUUUUGAUGAAUUCAGAAUAUUGCAACAAACCUCAGGAAUGCCGUAGUCCUGGCUUUGAUUGACGUUAUUUUCUUGGUAUUGCUGGUUGGGACUAGGCUUAAUUGUGAAUGGUUGUUUACUGUAAUGGAGAAAUUGGUCAUUGGAUGUUCCUCGCCCAAGUGAUUUUUCAUGUGUAACCUUUAGAGAUUUGCACGAUUGACUGUGGUAGACUGGGAGGAAAUGGAAUCUGUUUGUUGCUGGCUUUGUUCCCAUCGUUGCCCUGUAAGACCCCAAGUCUGGGUUGGAGUAUAAACAAUGGGAAAGCCAUUAACAUUGUCCCUGAUCCUUGACAAACUACCAGUCAUUCUAGAUUUAUACUUCCUUUUGGUCUGGUUAGUUUGGUCCCUUUGUGGGGAGGGUGACUGAUGUACCCACCGAACAUGUUUUGUUGGAACCCAACAGGGCAAGGUGCAGCUGCUUACUGUCGCUGACCAUUUCUGGCAUUUCAUCUGCAAAAUAGAAAACGUGUUAAGGUGAAGAAGGUGUAAUGAGCGGGAUUUUCAAAAACAAGUUGCAUCCUUGAUAACGUAAAUAACAGCAAAAGUUGAUCUUCACCCGAUGUACAAUUAUUGAAAAGGUCAAAUGCACACUUUUUUACGCAAAUGAUGUCGAGAUUUCACCUUUUAGCCUAGUUGGAAAUAGUUAUGACAUUGCCGUUUUCAUGGCGAUUAAUUAAGUUUUGGGGCGUUCAUUUUAUUGAUGUAAUUUUCAGAUAUAUACUCUCACUAUUUGCUGAAGAAAUGCUCACUUUAUGCAAAAAUCAUGCCAAAAUCUUACUAUGAAAUUAUUGUUUUCGUGCGGAAUGACCAAGUAGUGUGCAAAAACUUGUCCAUAAAUUUUUUUAAAAAAAACUAAUAUUAUCUUAAAAUUUGUUUUACUGUAAAAUGAGCAAACAAAAAUCAGGGGUCACCGACUUUGUUUUCGAUAUAUUUUCAUAAAUUUUCCCCUACCCCCAUUUUCUUGUGCAUUUUUUUGAUAUAAAAAGUCAUAAGAAAAUCAUUUGAUAGAUUAAUGAAAUACACUUCUACCAGAUAAAUUUUAGCCCACAGCGACAUUGACUGCACACGAAUUUGUUAACUUAAAGUGAUAAGUUUGUGGCUGACCCUUUCUGAUUAGUUGUAGCCAUAAAUUUUAGCACGCGUUGUUCCAAAAUCUGACCUCAACGGAAGUGACGUUUUCGAGCUACGAAGUUGCAAAAAAUGAUAAAGUCUCAAAUGGCGCUAUGGGCGGCGUUUCAGGUUGCACAUUUUCCCAUGGCGUAUGCUGUGUUUGUAAAUAGAUAUUUAGUCAUUCCGUUUUAAAAAAUCUAAUACCUUCUGAAACAUACUUUCAUUCUUGUAUUUCCAAAUCAUAUUAUAUAGUUGUCUUUAUCACCUGAAUAUAUGUGGUAAUUUUCAAGUUACCUACUUAGAUUGUACAAUUAGUAAGUAAGUAAGUAAAGACUUUAUUUUCUGUGGAUUACGCAUUUGGCAUAUUUACCAAUUUACAAUAUGGUCCACAACAUAUAUGCAAAAUAUAAAAUUGAGUGACAAAGUAUAAAUAAGCAAGUGCAUAUACAUGUCAUAUCCAGAUAUUCAGUCUGAAAUAAUCUGAAUUUUCAUUGUAUCCUGCGGUAAAAAGAAAGCCGUAUACUUUUUUCGCAUGAAAUGUUAGGACAUAUUUCAAGAAGAUGUGUUAUUAAGUAUAAUUUAAGGUGCAACUGGCCGUAAAUGAUUUCCUUUGCAUAGAGAAUGUAGCAAUAUGAAAUAAUUCUUUUUAUGUGCCCCCAUUCAAGUUAUGUUAAGGUGAGAUGUGGAACCAAAAUUUGUAGUCCUGUUUGCCGCCAUAUAACCUAUACUGUGUUGGUGUGCCGUAAAACCCAAAUAAAUAAAUAAAUAUGUUUAGGUGGGGCAAUUAGUGUUCCCCUCACCUGCCUGCCCAUCCGUCCGUCGAAUUAGUGUCGGGCAUAUCUCAGAAAUACCAGUGUUAUGGCCCUUGAUGUAGUCGAAAAUAUACAUAAAAGUUUAUGUCGCAUUUAUCUCAUUAAGUGCUUCAAGAUUUUUAUUGCAUAUAUCUUAAAAAUAAUAGAGACAUGAAACCAUAUAGGAAUAAUAUGCAGCAUGUGAAGUUGUAACAUAUUCAGGGUUGAGCGCCCGCCAAAUACUUGUUUUUGCUAUAAUGUAUCUUUUGGAAUUACUGCAUCUAAACAAACACAGACAGUUGUAUAGAAAGAUUCAACCAGUCAGACUAAAGUUUUCGUUUUUGAACAUCGGACAAAUGUACGUAGCCGCUUUUGUUACUUGUUGAGAUGUUGUCAGUAACAGAUGUUGAGCAAGUUAAUGCCGUUAGGGAGUUCGGAAACAAUAACAGUUAAAUUGUCAGUAUAUCAUUACUACCUACAAUACAAAACAAAACACAAACAUCAAAAGUUUUUCAUAAUUUUUCAUUUUUAUCAUGACAAUGCGCUUGAUAACUGCUGUGGUUGUAUGUAAUACAGCAAUGAUAUAAAAUGUCUGAAUGAUAAAUAAAAUUUAUACACAUCAUCUGUCUUCAAAAUAUAUAUGAAUUUUGACAUGCCUAUCAUAAUUCUCAAGUGUACCCAUUGCCAUAUCUAGGAAAGAUUUGCACGUACACAGCAUAUAAUUUAUGAAUAGAUGCAAACACCAACGAUAAUGUUUACAAACAUAGCAUAGGGAAUCACAAAAAUUCACGAAAAUCAUUCUUAUAAUACAGGUGAUAUACGUGAUCCCCAAUUGAGCGAUAGACACUAAAGUAGGACAAAAUAACCGCCCAUGCCAGUCUAAGAAAAUACACAAAAAAUCAUUUGUUUUCUGCACAUGUUUGACUUCAAGGGAGUAUUGCAUGGCUGUCGUAAUGUUUAGUAGAUAAUUCAAAAUGUGUAUUUUUUUUUUUUUUAAGAUUUAUGUUUUUUAUUUGUCUUUAUUUGGCACCUUUAACCACCUAGAUUAUCCAGCCAAGAAUAAUAAAAAAACGUCCAUUGUAUUGCCCUCCUGCAUUGCUCGACGCCAUUUUGUUUCCAACAGCUUACAGAACAUAAUGAUGUGACGUUGCCAAAUGUAACGUUUGGCGUUCUGCCAGACAUCACUGAAUUACACCUUCUUCACCUCAGAACAAAGUCUGGAACAUCAGAACAAAAUUUGGAAUAUCAGAACAUAGUUUGGAACAUCAUUACAUAGUCUGGAACAUCAGAACAAAAUUUAGAAUAUCAGAACACAGUCUGGAAAAAAUUCUAAGUUCAGUAAUUUGAAGAAACAACAAAAUUUUAUUUAUGCACUCUGAAAAUUGACUUGGCCAUUUAAUAGUAAAUGACAAAAACAUGCAAACAACAUUUUUCAAAAUGCAGCAAAGCCCAAUUAUACAAAAAUGUACAUAAACUAGUAAAGCAUAUACAUAUGACUACUAAAGGGCAAUAUAACGCUAUAUCACCUAAAACUAAAUACAGCAUUAAUAUAAAAAAUAACACAAAUUGAAUAUGAAAUGCCACUAACAAAACUGGAAGUUUUUUUUAUCAAAUGACAUCCAUAUUUUUUAAGUUAAGACAAGCAGUAGUGAUUGCAUUUGUACAUAGACAUUUAGUUUAUAUAAUUAUCAAAUUAUAUCUUUAAGUUACAUAUAAAGAGGAACAUAAUUGUAAGUGAAAUUGUAAAAAGAUAAGAAAGAAAGAUUUGUGAACGUACCUCAAAUCGACAUGUUGCCAUUACAACCAGGCUCAUUGUAACGAUGUGUACCUUUUCCAUUGCGAUUUUCUGAAAAAAACAAAUCAUGCAAACAUCAUUUUUCAAAAUGCAGCAAAACCCAAUUAUACAAAAAUGUACAUAAACUAGUAAAGCAUAUACAUAAUUAUGACUUCUGAAGGGCAAUAUAACACUAUAUCACCCAAAACAUAAAAAUUAUCAAAGGUUAGGUCCCAAAAUAACUUAACCAGUAAAUCUUUUUUCGUCUUUGUGUAGCCAUUUAACCAGUAUGAAAAUUUUUCAAUGUUUACAGGUGUACAUAUCCAAGUCUUACAACGACUAAUGCUGGUUAUCGCUUAUUAGAGGAGUUGACGAUGGCUUGUUUUCCAGAGAUGACUUGCUUAAUAUGUUCUGGUUACCUUUGCUGAAAACAAGCUUUCUUGCUGUGAGGCCUGGAACAACGUUGGCAGACAUGUCGG